GUGUUUUCUGAUUGGCUCAACUGUGUUUUGCAUCCGCCUUCUUUCGUGCUCAUAUGGCAGAUCUUUUGUAAGCACCGCAAGUGAGGUCGGGAUCGGCAGAUUCACGGACUUUCGGUUCAUUUCGAGUCGAAUAUGAUCGAUCGUGAUGUUUUUUUAGGUCACAGGGUCAGUCAGCUCGAUCAUUUCCAACUCCUAAAGUUCAGUUCGACGGAUACGUUUUAAAGAACCGGUUCAAAAGAACGAUGCGUUCUAGAAGUAAUGGAUUUCUAAUGAUGUCUAGCGCACUGUCUAUAUUCAGCACAUCGAUCAAGUGAAGCUUGUAAGGUUUAAUGACAAUUUUCAUGAAUAGUGUGUUUGCGUUAAAGUUUGUAUGUCGUAAACGGCACUGCCGAUGAGUGAAAUCAGGUCAUUUCCUUAAUCUCAGGUCUAGUUAAAUCUGUGCAGGACAGAUCAGACACAUGUUGAGAUUAAACCCCUCUUUCGAUGCUCAAAAAGAUGUUGUGGCAAGCAUCUUGGCGAAGGAGGAAAGAGCAAAUAUAGGUGUUCUUGAGCCUCGCAUUCUGAGUGUGGAGAAAGAUGGAGGGGUCGUGUACUCUUGGAGAGGGGCAACAGGAACUACAAGGAUUGGGAAAUAUGAUCCUCACAGUACAGAGAAUAAGCUCCUCUACACUUUUGACAAGCAGGUGUGUGUCAGCAGCUGCUCUUUAAAUAAAGAAGAAACACUCCUGGCGGUCAGCCUAUCUCAGUCCACACAUGGAGCUUUUAAACCAGUGUCAAAAUGUUUAACUCUUCUCAUUGAGAUACACCCAAUCAACAACACAAAGGUCCUGAAGGCAGUGGACUGCAAAGUCAAAGUGCAGUUUCUUUACCCUAAGACAUGCCGGACCACUGUACUGGAGAGUCAUUUGCUGUUGGCGGCAGAGGAUGGCUAUGUUGAUCAGUACCACAUUACUCUGACGAGGCAGGAGGGCUACAGAGUGGUAAUGCAGAGUCCUGAGCGUCUGAGCAGAGAGAGAGUGGCGGAGGACUUCAGUUGGGUCCAGUGGGACUCGGACACUCAAAGACUCUUCUACCUCACUGCACGGGAGAAACACACACUGAAGUGUGUACAGUUUUACCCCGAUCGCAACUUUGAAACCGUGUUUGAGCUUCCACUGGAGAUGCCCAGCGUUUCUUCUGUAGCUUCUUCUAUGAGGUUUGUUAAUUUCGGGUACGAUCACUAUCAGGACUCGAAGGACGAGGGUCUCAGGAUAGAGGUGUUCACCAGCCUAACAGAGAGAACCAUGUGUGUGUGCUACAGCCCUCCAGUGCACUGGCAUAAGGACGCCACCUACACUAUUGCAUUUGUGCACAGAGGUUGCAGUAAGACGUUCACCGUGUCUCUAGAGAAAGGCUCCGCACCUGCUAAUUUGCCAACCGUCCAUCCUAUCUUCAUUCAUCUGGAUUAUUAUAUAGUGGUGUAUCUGGCUGAUCAUUUCCUGCACCUCAUCAACUGCAGACAACAAGACCUGCUCUGCUACAGUCUCUUCCUGUCAGGGGCGGAUGGUCACAUUGAAACCCUGGGUUUGGGCAGAGAGGUCGUGAGUGUGUCUGGCAGCAGGCUGCUUGAUGUCCGAGCCGGCACGAUGUACACCAUGGAGCUCAACCCUGACUUCCUGCUUGAGCUUCUCAGUGCGGCCAGGCCUGAGGCCCAGCGGCUCGCUGCUCUGCACUGCAUGCUGGUCUACCUGCAGCCAAAUCCUGUGAUGGAGCUCAAGAUUAUAAACUGGAUCAGUGAGAAUGUUAUGAGCUUUGAUGCUUUUGAUCAGAUUCAGGAAUUUAUUCUAGCCAGCCUGUACAGAAUAAGCUACCAGCAGUGCGUGAGCCUAGAUAAGUUGUUACCGUACUCCUGUGUGUUCGAGAAGAAGGAGCUUCCUGUGGCUCUGACAGCAAUCCCUGGGGUAAAAUGCACCCCAGAACUGCUCUGUCAACCAAUAAUCAAAGGCAAGCCCAAAAGCCUGCAGGGUUACUGGGAGGAACUACAGCUCGUCUUGGAAAGGAUGAGGUAUUUUGAGGGGGUACCGAGCCCUCGCUUCAGGACCAGUCUUAUUAAAGAGGACUGGGACAGAUUUCAGGCUGCUAUGAACUCCGAGAAGGAGAAGUCUCCCCACUGUCAUCGCCAAAUUGAGGAGAACACAAAAAAAGUUCUGUCCAUGGUGGACACUUGGCGUUUGGAUAAGCGUGUAGUUCCACUGUUUCAAGAGGAGGACCAACAGCAGAGGGUGCUAGUGAGUCUGAUGGUGGACAAACUCCGAGAACACUUAAACAAACAUUUAUCCCGACUGGGGAAGAAAAAGAUUGAUUUGCUGGUGGUGAAUUAUGCGGCAAAGCUGCUGGAACUGGUCUGGCAUGUGUUGGAAUUGAUGUGGCAGAAGCUGAAGCUGGGCCCCUGGGUGCUCUGCAUUCAGGAGCAGGGCAGUUCAGAAGAGUGGGCGAUGUUUCAUGUGAUGUUGCGCAUUCUGGAAGCAACUAAAGGGCUCUGUCUCCCCCUCCCUCCAGGUUAUUCUACACUGUUAAGUGUGCUCGGAGUCCGUUGUCUCCCACAGCACACCUUUCUCCAGUAUGUGGACCACGGCCUUCUUCAGCUCACAGAACCAUUUGUUUCACGCCUUAUGACAGAUUUAGAUAACAGUGAUGCCAAUGAGCAGUUGAAGUUUAGUAUCCUGAAAAGACUUCCUGAGCAUAUGGAGCAGAGAGUAAGCCAGCAGUGGGAUCAUCCCAUCAUUUCUGCAUGUAUCUCCAGAGAAUACGUCAGGACUCUGCUGGAAAAAUACUCAGAGAACAGGGACUCUGCACUCUUGGACUGUGGCAAGUCAUGUUCCUAUCCUGAUUUCCUGCCCCUUAACUACCUCACCAAGAUUCUCUGGAACAGGGAGGAACAAGCUCAGAACCCUUUUGAAGAGCAGGAGAAUGUGGAUGUCAGGUUUGUGGAGGAGACUGCGUUGAAGCAGACACAGAUCAAGCUGGACUUCGAAGUCAAGUAAAAACAGCCCAGUACAAAUGGUUAAAGUGGUAAAAAGGGAAACAUGGAAAACAUUCAGAGAAAUUAGGGGGGGAAAGUGCCCCCUGGCCAAAGAAAAAAGCUUGAUUUAUUCAUGUGAAUGUAGUAAUGUACAAAAAUCUCAAUGUUAGUGACAUCUUACUAAAAACUGAAGCCCAAUGCCAUGCUGUUGAAUGAAGAUUAUUUCCCCGCUGUCAGUCUGCUCUUUAAUUAUACCAUUUUAGUACCCAAAAGGACAUGUACUGACAUGUACUGACUGAAUAAUAUGCACUUUUCAAUACACAGAUGCAAUGGAAGAGCACUAACAAAAAAUAAGAUGUUAUGUUAAUAACAUAAGAUGUUAAUAGAUGUUAUGUGGGGUCAAAUGGGUACAUUUGUGAAUAUUACACAAACAAGAAAUAAAAAAUAUAUGCAUUCUUUAUACUCAUCAUGCUUAGUUUUUAUAUUCUACAAAAUAAGAUGCUUCUUGUCGAUAGCAAUUUCCUGAAAGGUUAUUUUAUAUUACUGCCAUUGUAUGUUUGCAAUUAUAGUGUUUAGCCUGUAAGGCAUGCUGUUCACUUUGCAGCAGUUUUUAGAUGGUUAUUUGUUACUUUUCUCUAAAGCACUUUGAGCUAUUAUGUGUACGGAAACCCAAGUAUUAAAGGGAUAGUUCACCCAAAAAUGAAAAUUUGAUGUUUAUAUGCUUACCCCCAGGGCAUUU